CGCAAGACCAACCCUCCAUUCGCGCUGCAUCCGGCGAACGUGACUGGUCGUCGCGUUUCAUCCUCCACCGCCGCGGAACGUUCGGUUUUUCGUCUCUGCUGCUCCGCCUAUCCCCAUCUCUCUUUUCCAUUUUUACACUUCAAUUCAUUUAAAUCGAGUCUUUUGAGCCGGGUUCCACGAACGUGGCCGUAACAGACGACGUGGAAAGUCACCACCUAUCGACCGCCGUCACUGACCGCUGGUCCCCGUCUUUCGCUUUUUUUUUCCCUUCCUAACACCACCUUCUUCUUUCGCUUAUUCAUCAUUUCCAUUCGAAAUUUCCUUUUCGUCCCGCUAUCGCGCGCUAAUCCGUCAUCAUUUCACACGGUUCCCCCUUCGAUCUGCUUGGAAGCUGCUGGUAAAAGGAACGUCCGAUGCGAUCAGGGUAAACGAGAAGAAGAGAAGAAGAGGAAGAGAGAAAUAGAGAGGAUUUCUUUUCUCUCCCGCGGAGAAAGUGUACAGUGUAUUCUUAGUGGAUGCUAUCACGAGGAUCGGUAGCUAGUUCGUGAUGGGGGUGGCAACCAGUUUAUCAGACGUUUUCGCUACGAGAAGUCCGCCGGGAAGAUAAUGCAGAUAAAUGCCUCCGGAGGGAAGAGAGAACAGUAACAAAGGAUUACAUGUUGUCAGGUUCAGCGGGUGGACGUCAUCGGUCGUUUGGUGGAUCGCGUCCGGUCAAUGGGAGACAGCAACCACCGUCGAGAGCCGAAGCGAGAACGAUGAAUGUCACGAGAUAGUAGAUCGAUGAAACGUUGUUUGUUACGCUUUUCAAAGUUUAAGCAACCUUCGUUGUUGUUCCGUUCGACAUUUCCGUUUUGUUAGUAACGCGUUUGUCCGCGGCGCUCUUUCCUUUUUAAGGAUCGCCGGUAAACUGGAAUUGAACAAAGUCUCGUCGAGGAGUCGUUUCCGUCGGUUGCAGCCGAGACACAAGUUUGCAGAUAGAAUGGAAAGGAAGUUGCGAUCGGACGAGAUGAAAUACGUGGACGGUGCUGGUCGAACGAUAUUCCUCGGGAAACGGUAAGCCGAUCGAAAGGAGAAAAUAAGUAAACCCUGGCGAAAGGAUAACGAGAUGAAGAAUGAAAGAUGUUGCAGACGCGACGUGGACGCGAUUGAAACGCUAACAUCGAUCGAUUAGAAUGAAAUCGUGCGAGUACGCGUCAAUCGCACGUGCACGUUGGAAAAAUCGAGCCAAGGGAAACGGUUACUGUUGUUGUUGCUGCUGUUGUUAUUGUUGUUGUUAACGAGAGGAGGGAAGUGACAGGAACCCGUACCAGCCGAUUCGACGCAGUCAAUUAAAGCUCGACUCUAUUAAAUUUAAGCAUCGACAAGCGGAACGCGUUCGAUCGCACCACUCGCACAAUGAGAUAAUAGGAGAACCGGUGGUAAGAUUACGAGUAGUAAUCGAAAGGCCGGCCGGCCGGUAUAAUAAAGCCAAUUAAAAGUGUCAAUCGAUAAUCGAUAGAUCGUCGCCGCUUUCACGAUAGUGGUUCGGAAAGUAAUAGAACGAGAAAGAGGAUGGCUACGAAUCCAAGAAGACGUCGACAGCGAUGCUGGCGUGGUCUGUUCGCGACCGCAUACCUCUGCGCUUUCCUCCUCUGGCUCAACGGAAUUUUCAGCUGCGCCGCUCAAAAACCGAUCAAUCUAGGGGGUGUGAAGAGGCGAGACGUUUACAUCGCCGGAUUCUUCCCGUACGGUAGCCACGUGCCCGAGAGCCAUAUAGGGCGAGGCGUAAUGCCCUCGGUGAAGCUCGCCGUCGAUCACAUCAACGAGGACACCACCGUGCUGAGAAACUAUCGGCUGCACAUGUGGUGGAACGAUACAGAGUGCAACACCGCGGUCGGGGUGAAGGCGUUUUUCGACAUGAUGCAUAGCGGACCGCACAAAGUGAUGCUGUUCGGAGCAGCCUGCACCCACGUCACCGAUCCCAUCGCUAAAGCGUCCAAACACUGGCGUCUAACGCAGCUUAGCUACGCCGACACGCACCCAAUGUUCACGAGCAACAGCUUCCCGAAUUUCUUUAGGGUGGUACCCUCUGAGAACGCUUUCAACGCUCCCCGUGUAGCCCUUUUGAUACACUUCAAUUGGACCAGAGUCGGUACAAUUUAUCAAAAUGAACCGAGAUACGCCCUGGCGCACAAUCGACUGGUCGCCGAUUUGGACGACAACAAAAUGGAAGUGGUGGAGACGCAAAGUUUCGCCACCGAGGUGAGCUCCGCCCUCGAGAAGCUGAAGGAAAAGGACGUUAGGAUAAUUCUAGGCAAUUUUAACGAAGUCUGGGCUAGACGAAUAUUCUGCGAGGCCUACAAGUUCGGUAUGUUCGGGAGAAAGUAUCAAUGGGUUAUCAUGGGAACGUACGGGGAGAAAUGGUGGCUUCGAUCCGGAGGCGGCUGCGAUCCCUCCGAACUCUCGGAAGCUCUGCACGGUGCCAUUUUGACGGACCUUCUGCCCUUGUCCACGGAAGAACGGUCCACUGUAUCUGGAAUCACGCCGGAUCAAUAUCGAGUCGAAUACGAUUCGAGACGAGGCAGCGAUUACUCGAGAUUCCACGGAUACACAUACGACGGCAUAUGGGCGGUCGCGUUGGCCAUACAACACGUGGCACGUAGAAUAAGGCAUUACCGUCGCAAUCAGACUAUAUCGGAUUUCAGAUACAGAGAUGCGCUCUGGGAGAAGCUGUUCCUCGAGGCGCUGAAAAACACCAGUUUCGAGGGUGUGACGGGUCCUGUACGUUUCUACGAUAACGAAAGAAAAGCUUACAUUCUGUUGAAGCAGUUUCAAAGUAGCAGCGAAAUUAAGGUAGGAGAAUUCGACGCGGUGACCGGUGUUUUGGAUCUAACCAGAGGCGAUCCUCUCGUUUGGAGAGGCAGAUCACCGCCGAAAGAUCGAACUCUUCACAUCAUCGAGCACUCGACUGUAAAUAUUACCAUCUACGCUGUGCUCGCGUCGGCGGCUAGCGUGGGUAUCGUCAUGGCGGCCAUUUUUCUCGCCAUCAAUAUUAAAUAUAGAAAUCAAAGAUACAUAAAAAUGUCAUCGCCGCAUUUAAACAACCUCAUUAUCGUCGGAUGCAUGCUGACCUACAGCAGUGUAAUUUUCCUUGGGUUAGAUUCGCAGCUGUCCAGCGUAACGGCAUUUCCCUACAUAUGCACCGCCAGAGCAUGGCUAUUGAUGGCUGGUUUCUCGUUGGCCUUUGGUUCCAUGUUCUCGAAAACGUGGCGGGUACAUUCCAUCUUCACCGACGUUAAGCUCAACAAGAAGGUCAUCAAAGAUUAUCAGUUGUUCAUGGUGGUCGGUGUAUUGUUGUUUAUCGAUCUAGGAAUUAUGACCACGUGGCAAGUCGCCGAUCCGUUCUAUAGAGAAACGAAACAAAUGGAACCCUAUCCUCAUCCUUCCAGCGAAGAUAUCAUCAUAAUACCCGAGAACGAGUACUGUCAGAGUAAUCGAAUGACCGUAUAUUUAGGGUGUAUAUACGCGUACAAAGGUCUGUUAAUGAUAUUCGGCGCCUUUUUAGCAUGGGAAACGAGACACGUCAGUAUCCCGGCGUUAAACGACAGCAAGUACGUUGGAAUGAGCGUUUACAACGUGGUGAUCAUGUGCGUAACCGGAGCAGCCAUAAGCUUCGUGCUGGCCGACAAACAAGACGCAAUGUUCAUUAUGUUGGCGGUGUUCAUAAUAUUCUGCAGCACGGCCACCCUGUGCCUGGUAUUCGUACCGAAGCUCAUAGAACUACGAAGAAAUCCUCAAGGCGCGAUAGACAAACGUAUCAGAGCCACUCUGCGACCAAUGUCGAAGACGCGACGGGACUCGAGCGUCAGCGAGCUGGAGGAACGUUUGAAAGAAGCUACGCUGGCGAAUCAAAAGUUUCGUUCGCAACUUAUGGAAAAAGAUUCGGAACUUCAGGCGUUUCUAAGAAGACUCGACGAUCAAACGACGACUAACACGGAGGAGGCGAUGGACAGGCUGACGGUCCCACGGCAAGAGGGUCUGUCCGUGACCACGGAAACAACGGAUAUCUCAAUGUCGAUGUGCAGUCUCAAUUCAACUACUAUCUCUCAACCGGAAGGUGACUACACGAACACGACCACAACAGCGACCACGACCGUGACCACGGCCACGGCCACGACCAUCAGCGAGCCGCACGUCGCCAAAAAGAAGACGUCCUUCUCGAAGGUACCGGCGAUCGCGAUCGACAGCGAACGAGUUCCAUUGGUCCCGCAGACGGAUGGAGGAAAGGAAGAGAACUUAUCGGUACCGCAGCCGGUUCUCAAGCACGCGGCGGACGAUUCGGGACGAAGAAGAAGCCGUUCCGGUGCUUCCGGAAAGGAGAGCGAACCUCUUAUCGAGAGAAGCCCAGACUCGCGACCAGACGGAAAAACGAACGUCGAGUUCGUCCCGGAGAUCGUCGAGGAGGGUGACGCUGUUGUCCUCGAAGAGACGGAGAUUCCACGCCACGGUAAACCGAUCAGAUGCAAAGACGAUCGUAGGUCCAGACUUCCGACACCUCCGCCAGCGAAGAACGUCUCGUUCGGCGAACUUCACGAGCAAAACUACCUCGAGCAAGCGAUUUUACCGCCCCCGUUGCAAUUCGUGCCCAAGCAUCGGCAUGCCGUUACAGCGAACGCCUCCUCUCAUCAAUCGCUCAAAAGAAGAUCAUCCGUGAAGAACAACGGAAUGGCUCAUUCUCAUCACGAGCUGUUCCAAAGUCGAAGAACCAGCGUGCCAGUCAACUCCAUCAGUUACAUUUCCACGGAGAACGUGUCCAAGUCCGAGGCGACGGAGAUCUCUCUCGGUUCCUUCGACAAGUCGUACGUGAUCGGUGGUUGCGGUCACAGACUCGCGUUGUUGACCGGUGCCGGUUAUCGGUGCGAGAAACACGGUGGACGAGGGCAUUCUCACGCCAUGUUCAACGGCUCGGCCGAGACGCCGCCACCCUCGAGGAGACAGAAGAAACACUACGAUUCUCAGAACGCCAGUUCUCCGAGCGUACCGGCGAUGGUGAACGCCAGUUGCUCCGACACCGAAAAGUACGAGGAAUCCAUGUCGACGAUCAUUCAGCGAUCAGUGUCGGAACGAUCGAGGGAAAAGUGUCUCCGUCUGCGAAGCGAGGGACACCCGGUGAUCGAGUGCCCUCAUCGCGUGGCACGUCGAAUACGGGAGUGCAGGCACACCGAAUCGAAGCUUCGGCAACAGGCCCGGUUGGAGUACGUGCAGAGCACCCCGAACGUGGCCACAAUUCACAAUAGCAAAUUCGCGAGCGCGAAUCCACGGGGCGGAGGCGGUGGCGUCGGUGGUGGCGGAAUUGGGGGUGGAAAAGCGAACGGCGGCGGUGUCGGGGGUUCGGUGGCAACCAGCUCGGACGUGGUCGGCGGUUCGACGGUGAACGUAUCCAAGAUGUACAGUGCCGUGUCGGACGGUGAAUUGCUGGAUCUAGCGAUCCUGCCGAUAUUUCAGAAACUGCUGACCGAGAGGCACAAGAGCACGUCGAGGGGCGGAUACGGUGCCAGCGUAGCCAGCUGUCCGAAUAUAUCGAUAAAAUGCGACAUCGUUGAAUAUCUUUAACGAUCUUCCGGCAAUUAGUUUUCAAUUUCACGCGAAUAAACGAACCGUUCUCUCUCUUUCUCUCUACCGGGCUCUAACCGUCUCUCGUGGAACGGAUUCAACCGUUUACAAUUACCUUUCCUUCUCCUUUUCCUAUUUUUUUUUUUUGCUCCUCGUUUCUUUUAUCGAUUAUCCUGAUCGUAUAGCGACACGCUCCUUCGUUUGUAAACCGCGAACAGUUUCCUCUUCCCCUUUCCCACCUAGGCAUCGUAUACAAACGGAUUUCCACGCGUACCAGGAAACUUUCCAACGAGAUCUCUUGGAAAUAAACAGAACAUUUUUUAUAUAAUCGAACUUUUAAUCUAACACGUGCUCGUACGUACGAAAAGAGAUACAUACGAGACUGAACGAGGAUGCCGGCCUCGUGAGAUACUCGAGAGUUUUCCUUGCUGAAACUACUAACGAACGUUAUUCUACUCGAAAACGAUUAUACGUUUCCGACGAAAUACCGUUUUUACUUUUUCUUUCAAACUUUCGCCAUUUUCAUUUCUCUCGUUCCUCGCUCGAUCGUGAAUGAAACAACAAUUGACUUCUGAUUUUUUUUUUUUUAUAUAAUAAAUAACGGAAACGAGAAGAGAAACGUUGCAUCGAUCCCACAAAAGAAACUCGACGAAAAGAUAGUCUGUAUCGAAAGCAAACUUAGGAAGGUGUAUAGCGUACGCAUCUAAUGUAAUCCUCUGUCACUAUAAGCGUAAACAUCCUUUUAAAUAAUUUCAUAGCCUAUAAAAUAUUCGUACGAUCGCUGUUUAGCAAUUCGAAGCAUAGAUGCACAAUUCAAAGAUUGAAACGUUUUGUUUCUUUUUUUUUCUUUUUCUUAUUCCUCGAUCAGUUAAAAAGGAUCGUAAUCGUUCUUCGAGACAGUUUGAAAAGUGAAGUGGAAAUAAAGGUGAUUUUUCAAACGAUUCCCUUCCUAUCGCCUAAAACUAUACUCGCUUUUUUCACCGUAAAUGGCCGGCUUCUCUUUGUUAACCGUGUAAGUAAGUUAUCUGUUUCGAUCUGAUCGUGAUGGAUCGGCGAUGAAAAUUUUGAAUGUGAAUUGCAUGUCUAGCGAAGAGAAUCGAUAAAAAAUAUUACAAUCCAUUUCGUUUCGUGUGUGCAUUUUCAUUUUCUAACGACGAUCGAGAAGCCUACGAUUAAUACUACGAGGUCGAAAAGGCGUCCGGAUGUUUAGAAAAGCGUACUACUAUCUGAGAGCCUAAUGCUCGUUACAGGAUCUUUAAUUGUGUGGUUACGCGAGUCUUGUACAUAACUCUCGAAAUAAAUGUCAUGUUUACAGGUAAAAAAAAAAUAGGCGUUUGUCGUGUAAAAAAAAAAAAAAAAUAUGAAUUUACCCGUUGUUUUCUCGUCAAACGAUCAGAAUGGAUCGUUCGCGGCAUCGCACUGGUAUUCCCUUCGUUUUGUAUUUCCGAAGCAAUACUUGUCUUUGUAUCCGUGUAUCGUACACGUAUGCGUGUUAUUAAUAGUUAGUCGUUCGCGAGCCUCGUGAAGCACGAAAAAAAAAAAAAAAAAAAUUUCACACGAACCUUGACAAAUUUCUAUAAUUUAUAACAACUAAGGGUCGAUACUAACAGGUCAAUUAUAUUAAAUUUUAUCAAUAAAGUUGGUUCAUUCGUUUUACCAUUUUUAACUCUUUACCAUUUUAAACGUAAAGAUCUCACUGCUCGUAACGUCGUUACAAUUGUGAACAUUUCUCCGAAACAAUUACACGUGCUCGCCGGUUGCUUUAAACGGCAUUGAAAUUAUGUUCGCCAAUGUAAUUGUAUAACAAGUCGUAAAAUUACAAAUGGAUUCAUUUGAAUUAACGAAAAGGGGGUCGGAAACGUACGUACACGCUAUCGUAAAUGGUACAAAGAGGUACAGUUGCAUUUUCCAAACAAUUACAAAAUCAUUGUAAUUGUAAGAUUUGAUGUUCGUUCUACGUUCGACGCAGUACAACACGAUUUCCUGUUAAUGUAAAGUUAAUAGAGUUUAAUAAAUUA